AAUCUCCCACAUAAAAAACCAUCUCAAUAAAACAAUAGAAUAUUGUUAUCGUCAUUCCCUUACUUCACCCUUAAGAACAAUAACAUAUAUAUCAUGGCUGAACACCACCACCACCACCACCAUCUCUUCCACCACCACAAGGAGGAUGAACAGCUAGUGGAUGCCGCCGGGGUCGGAUUUGAUUACAGAAAGGAAGAAAAGCACCACAAGCACCUUGAACAACUUGGUGAAAUGGGAGCUAUAGCUGCUGGUGCUUAUGCUUUGCAUGAGAAGCAUAAGGCAAAGAAAGAUCCGGAGCAUGCCCACAAACACAGGAUAGAGGAGGAGAUAGCGGCGGCAGCUGCCGUCGGUGCGGGAGGAUUUGCCUUUCAUGAGCACCAUGAGAAGAAAGAGGCAAAGAAAGAGUAUGAGGAGAGUCAUGGAAAGAAGCAUCAUCAUCUCUUUGGUUAAAGAAAAUAAUAAAAAAUAGUAAGAGAAGAAGAAGAGAGAGAUCAAAGAAAAAUAAAAGAGGGUUAUAUAUAUUUAUAGCAGCCUCCGUUAGAAACUAUACCUUAAACAUUUCGUUGAUUAGGAACAUUUUUAUGUGGGUUUCUCUUUUGGUGUGAAUAUGUCUAUGUUUGUGUUAAGCUUUCAUAAUUUUAAUAAAAAAUAAUAUGUGUUUGUAAUUA